AUGCCUUCAAAACUCUCAUUUCACGCUCCAGGGCCAAAUAUUCCGAAUGAUAAUAUCUCAUCUCUUCAUAGCCAGUCCACCGUGUCCGCCAAUGCAGUAUACAACAAGUAUCUGUCGAAUACCGCACCAACAGCUACAAAGCCUGAAGAAGCUCUCAAAAUCCCCGCCCCUCAUCUUUUCGAAUUUGCGAACCCAAAAUCAUUCUGUUCGUCGACUUCUUCGGGCUUGUUAUGGAAUCCUCCUCUUAUUGCAGAAUGUGCGGUCCAUUUGGAGUUCCUCGAAACGCUCUUCACAAUGCGAACUCGGGUUCUAAAUUCUAAGAAAAUCAGUGCGGCAAUGGGAUAUUCGAGCCUCAUUAAACCUAGCGAUAUGACCAUUUCGAAAUGGCACAAUGGAAAGUGGCUGAAGUACAUCGAGUUUGCCGUUAUUCGUUUCUUUAUAUGGAAAGAGUCCCUGAAGCCUGGCUCCAAGAGUGUUGACUACUGCCCACCUCUUGAUGUCUUGAUGGUGUGGCAUUCUCUUCUUCUCAACCCAGUCAUGCUUCAUAUGUACUUCACGGAAGAUCCCAUCAUUAAUGUCAAAUUUCCCUGGGAACGCUUCCACAAUCACCUGAACAACAAAACUUGGGAAUUUAGCCUUACAUCGCGUGAAAAACAAGAUUUCAUCAAGCAAACGGCGAUGCGAUCGCAUCUCUUUACCAUUUUCAAGGAGUGGCCGGUCCAGACUGCCCCUGUCAGGGAGAAAACCUACAUUGGACUGCACGACUUUUCAUUUGGUAAAUCGCCGGCGGAAAAGCUCUCACACCUGCUCCCCAAAGGAGAGAAGGCCAAGUCGAUCCAGCUUUACUCAAUGGCGUUUAAACAUGUCCCGGUUCAUAUCGCAGAGGAGCUUCGCGAUGCCGUAAAACGCCAGUUUUUCUUUGUGGGAAAGAUGCAUGAUCACCUCUGGAUCCGCAGUCCUGGUCUUGAGGGCACUCUAGAGAGAGCCACGAACCGGUACGACGAGUUCCUUGAGCUGAUGAGUCGGGAGCCUGGAACUAUGCUCGUCCCGACGCUGGACAUUGAUCUGAUUUGGCAUACACAUCAGUGCAUGGCCUCACAGUAUGCAGAAGAUAUGAAGGCGAGGGUGGGCCGAUUCAUCAAUCAUGACGACAAGAAUCCCGCUGUUAAGCUCAGCAGCGGGUUUGAUCAGACAGCAGGGCUGUAUAUGAAGCAUUUUGGCAAAAACUACUCGAUCUGUGGCUGCUGGGAGUGUGAGCUACUAACCUCGAAGAUAGGGCGGGUUGUGAACUCUGGAGAAAAGAUCGACAUGAAUGGGCUCGUCAAAGAUGUAGAAGACGAGAUGCUGUAUUAUCGCGCUGCCGAGGUUAGGAGAAGGGAAAAGAAGCCCUUACCCAUCCGUUGA